CCGCCAUUUUCGAUUUUUCUCCAAAAAGAAAAAAAAAAAACAAGAAAAACAGCAUCACUCCCGCCCCCUUGUACUUUUCUUUUUCUGUUCAACUCCCUUCGUUACUCGUGUCGCUUUCAGCGCACGCCCACGUUGCUCCUACUCCAAUUCAUGGCUUCACCUAUAAUCAUUCCCCCCUCCCCCACUUUCCCCAAACCCCUUUCGCACCGUCUUCGAAGAACAUUAAAGGAAUGAGGCUCUACGUGUACUUGUUGGAGGGUAAGGAUUGGCCGGCGGCGGAUUGGUGCGUGAAAUUGCAGGUCGGCGCCUGCAAAUCGAAGAGUAGAGUGUUGAGGAGCACCGGGAAUCCGAUUUGGAAUGAGGAAUUCGUGUUCAGAGUCGUCGAUUUGGAGGAGGAACUCGUAGUGUCUGUUUGUAAUUACGCCGGCGACGAUGAGCACGGGGUGUUCGGUUGCUCCGGCGCCGAAUCGGCCGGUCGGGUCAGGAUUCCGGUGUGGAGUGUGGCGGCGGAGGAGAAUUGGAAUUUGCCGCCGACUUGGUUCUCCGUCGUACGGCCGAAGAACUCGAAAGCAAUCGACAGGGAUUUCGGCAAAAUACUUCUUGGUUUGUCCCUACAUGGAAGAAAUCCUGAUGCUAUGAUCGAGCAUCCCUUCUCUACUCAAUCGAGUUCGGAAACUAGUAAUUCGUCACAAGGGGGAGGUAAAAUCAUUACAUCUCGUGAAGAUCGACCACACUCCAAGAGACCCGUGGAGGGGAAAGCAUUGAUGAAAGCACUCGCCAAUCGGGUCGAGAAACUCUUCCAUAAGAAGGACGAAACUUCAUCAAACAACAGCUCCUCUGAAUUGGUGUCGCCAUUGUCUGACAGCGAAGAAAGCACAGUGGAAAUGCCUAGCAGCUCGAGCUUCGAAGAAGCCAUCGAACUUUUCCAAUCGAGGAACAAAAACCACGAAAUGCCGGAGAAUCUGCAUGGGGGUAUCCUUUUAGACGAAACUUACAUUGUCUCCCCAAAGGAUCUUAAUAAUCUGAUUUUUGGUCCGAAUUCUGAUUUCCAAAGGAAUUUAGCGGAAUUGCAGGGGACGACGAAUGUUCAAGAGGAAGCCUGGAAAUGGAAAUCGGAUGGCGCCCCGUCUUUGAGUAGAGUUGUUUCGUAUACCAAAGCUGCUAGCAAACUUGUUAAGGCUGUGAAAGCUUUCGAAGAACAAACAUAUGUGAAGGCUGACGGCAACGAAUUCGCAAUCCUUGUCAAUGUCAGCACUCCGGAUGUUCCUUACGGAAGCACUUUCAAAGUCGAAUUACUUUUCAAGAUAAUCCGAGGGUCUUCAGAAGAGGAAUCUGCUCGACUGGUUGUAUCCUGGGCCGUUAAUUUCAGUCAGAAUAUCAUGAUGAAAGGUAUGGUUGAGAAUGGAGUUAGGCAAGGUUUGAAGGAGAGUUUCGAACAGUUUUCGAGCUUAUUAUCACAAAAGUUCAAAACAUUGAAAGCCGCGGAUAUGUCGGAAAAGGAUCAGUUGUUGGCGACGCUGGAGAGCAGCCACCGGACCGAUUCGAAGUCAGCUGUUCAGUACUUCUUGAAUUUCACUGUGGUGUCGGCAGUUUUUAUUUCUCUUUAUGUUGUUGUUCACAUUUUUCUCUGCGAACCGAGCAAGAUUCAUGGAUUGGAAUUCGACGGCCUUGAUUUGCCCGACAGUUUUGGCGAGAUCAUCUCUUGCGCCCUUCUGUUCGUUCAGUUGGAGCGAACAUACAUUUUAGUUUCGCAUUUUGUUAAAGCUAGGCUACAAAGAGGAAGCGAUCAUGGCGUUAAAGCGCAAGGAGACGGGUGGGUUCUUACGGUUGCUUUGAUCGAGGCAACGAACUUAGCUUCCGUGAAUCAAACCGAAAUCCCGGAUCCUUAUGUGGUGUUCACUUGCAAUGGCAAGACACGAACGAGCUCGGUCAAGCUCCAAACUCUCGACCCUCAAUGGAACGAAAUCCUUGAGUUUGACGCUGUCGAUGAUCCGCCAUCGGUGUUGGAUGUGGAAGUUUUUGAUUUCGAGGGCCCGUUCGACCAAGCUUCCUCUCUUGGCCAUGCUGAGAUCAAUUUCCUGAAGCACACGGCUGCCGAACUUGCCGAUCUUUGGGUCCCUCUUGACGGAAAACUUGCUCAGUCUUCUCAGUCAAAACUGCACUUGAGGAUUUUCUUGGACAAUACUAACGGAGUCGAAACGAUCAGAGAUUAUUUGGCAAAUUUGGAAAAGGAGGUCGGGAAAAAGUUGAGUAUCCGAUCACCUCACAGGAAUUCGACUUUUCAAAAGCUAUUUGGAUUGCCGCCGGAAGAAUUUCUCAUCAGCGAUUUCUCGUGUUCCCUCAAGAGAAAAAUGCCCUUGCAGGGCCGGCUUUUUCUUUCUGCUCGAAUCGUUGGAUUCUAUGCGAACUUGUUCGGACACAAGACCAGAUUUUACUUCCUGUGGGAAGACAUUGAAGAUGUUCAGGUGCUGCCGCCGUCUCUUUCGACUGUCGGCAGCCCCACUCUGGUAAUAAUCUUGCAUAAAGGUCGGGGUCUCGAUUCCAGGCAUGGAGCCAAGCUUUUAGACGAGGACGGGAGACUGCAUUUCUAUUUCCAUUCAUUCGUCUCUUUCAAUGCUGCUAGCAGGACAAUUACGGCAUUGUGGAGAACACGAACCCUGGAGCCUGAUCAGAAAGCUCGGAUUGCAGAGGAACAGUUGAGUGAUGACGCGAAACCUUUUCUGAUUGACGACACCGCAUCCUAUUUGGUGGCGAAAGACGUCAAGAUGACGAAGGUUUACACCAUCGAACUUCCUAUGAACAUCAAGUCGUUGAUGAAGAUGUUCGAUGGAGGAGAGUUGGAGCAUAAGGUAAUGAGCAAGUCCGGUUGCCUCAACUAUCAAACGACUGCAUGGGAAGAAGGAACUCCCGGCACACAAGAACGCCGUGUGUGCUACAAAUUCAGUCGACGGAUUUCAAUCUUCGGAGGCGAAGUCACAUGCACGCAGCAGAAAUCUCCCUUGCCGGACGACAAUGGGUGGGUCGUCAACGAGAUGAUGACCCUUCACGAUGUCCCGUUUAGCGAUCACUUCCAAGUUCAAUUUCGGUACCAAAUCGAGAAAUCUUCUUUCACGCAUAAUUGUUGCAAAUGUGAUAUUUACAUUGGAGUCAUGUGGCUAAGAAGCACCAACUUUGAGUCGAGGAUAGCGAGGAAUGUCAUUGCGAAGUUCACGCAUUGGUCGCAAGAGGUAUUGCAAUUGGUCGAGCGGGAGAUAUUGCUAACGGGUCGAUAGCCACACUUGAGAAACAUUGACAUUUAGGAUGCAAUUGUUACACGAUGUCUUAAACACAAACGAUACAUUUGAUUGUAGAAAUUACGAUAGAAUCGAAAUUCGAAUAAUUCUAUAGAAAUAGCAAAGCACAUCUCUAACAACACUAUCCGGAAAAAUAAAUUUUUUUCGAUGAUAUUACUGCAUUCGAUAUAUGGAUAAAUUAGCAAUUUUAAUGUGUAUAUGUAUA